AUUUAAUUGUUUUUGGCAAAUAAUUUUGUUGUAAUUAUAUAGGUUGUGAUCUAUAACAUAAAUAAUUAGUGUUGGGAUAUAUUAUCCCGGCCUAUUACUGUUCAUGAGCCCAAGACAUUACUCACUACGGAGCCCGAGCAGCUAGACCCAUUUCGGCCCAUCCGGCCCACUUUAGCCAUUUCGGCCCGCUUCGGCCCACGCGGCCCGUUAGGGUGGAGAGCAUCCCCUCCCCCUAUUCUCUAUAAAUAUGGGAGCUUCCCUCCAUAUUAUGGGCCCUUUUUAGCUCUCCUUCCUCCUUUCUUUUAGACUUAGCUCAAAUACCCCAUGAAUGGGAGCUUGUACAAUGUAAUGGUGAGGAGAGUCCUAAUGAGAAUUGAGAGGGCUUGGACAUUAGCCUAAAAAGUCCCGUGGUUUUCUCCCUUUCGGGUUUUCACGUAAAAACUGAGUUGUUCAUACACAUUUAUACAUAUAUUUACUAUAUCGUGUUGGAUUAAACUCAACACUGGCGCCGUCUGUGGGAAACUGUCCAAAAAGAUUCAUGUGUUUCUACUGUUCUUGAGUUUUCUACAAAAAAAAAAUCCAUACGAAAAGCUACUGGCUUCGGCUUGAUUUGCCACAAAAGAGAUACAGAAAAUGGACUGAUUUUCAACAAGGGAAGAAAGAGGAAAAAGAUUCUGAGGAAGGGAAGAAGAAGCUAGGAAGCUACGAAAAUCUGGAAAGCCAAAUAUGAAUUUUUUCCAGAUCUAUUUUUGAGGUCACCGGAGCCGUCGCAACCAUCCCCGCCGCGGUGGACCUCCGGUGAAGUCAGUUGCGCCAGACGAAGCUCGCUGCAGCACCCCAGCUGUUUCAGGCGGCCACCACCUCAGUCGCACACCACCGCUCGUCAUCAGCGACAUGGAGCUGACGCAACCUGAAGGAAAUUCCGCCAUUAAUGGCGGCUUGAAGCUUAGGGAAGGUACACCUCGAAGCUCUGCCGGACCCACCUGGCCCGGCCUCGGUCGCUGCCCUUGCGCCGCGGCAACCGCCCGUACCGCCGUCGAUGAGGGCUCACGCAGUUGGCCUCGGGUCGGUGGAUGGAUGCUUCAGCUAGCUUCCCAAAAGAUACGAAGUACAGCAUAUGGAUCAGAUGCCUUGGUUCUCCAAAGGCCACGUCCACUGGAGGAAUGGUGGCAGACGGAUAAGUUUGAGCACCUUGACCAAGUCAAAUAGCAAAGGAACCAAAUUAAGUUGAGGAACUCACUGGCCGGAGGUCUAUACCAAAGGCUUGGAGCAUUAGUUUGAGAAAUCAAUAGUUGGAGUACUUUUGACCAAAGUCAAAAUCAAUGGAAGGGAGCAAAUCUGGCUCUAGAAUCCCUCCUGACCGAAGCUUUAUCUCCAAAGCUAAGUACAUAUACAUACUCUUAAGUUGGUGCAUUAAUAGUUAAUUGUUUAAAAUAUUAGUAUUGCUAGUAUUUUUAUCACCAUUAUUUAUUAUGGGAUUAAAAUAUCCCAGAAUUAAAUAGUGUGAGCGAUGCUCUAAGUGAUAAUUAAUUUCACCGUCAUUUUAAUUAAUGAUGGGUUGUGGUGGGCCCGUUGGCCCGCUCCUGAUCGGCUUAAAUUAGCAGGCGGAGAAUACCGGAAUGGCUUUUGAUAGGAAAGUAUCAUUACUAUUACCCGUUACGUCACUAUUAUUUAUUAGGGAUAAAAAUGUCCCGAAUUAAAUAAUGUGGAGCGAAGCUCUGGUGAUGUUUGGUUCAGCCAACAUUUAUUGAAUAUUUAAUUUCUUGUGGGCCUGUUGGCCCACCCUCGAUCAGCUUGAUUAAGUGAUCCGAGCGUCUCCAGAAGGGCGAUGCCCCGACGACGCGUUUGAAUUUGAGGGUUGCGCAUUAGUCCGCACGGCACUACGUGCCCGAUCGACGAUCGUACCCCAGUGUCAUUUACGCCAUUAGGCGUGAAAUGAUUAUUGCCAAACGUGGCCUGUGGGGCCCGAAGGCACCAAAGCACCCAACCUCCUUUUUCUGAGGGCAGUGCGACCAACUUGGGUCUGAGUUUGAAAACUCACGGACCGAUGAAUAUCUCUAUGUGACGUUCGGCGGGCUGCUAAUUGGCCCCGCCGCGAGCUGCUACGUCCAUUAACCCCGCACGAUGAGCCGGGCCGAGGGUCACGAUGACCCAUAGACCGGUAAUCGUGGGUGUUAGAAAGAAAACCAUGCAGAUGGUUAUGUGUGUAUACAUAUUGUCGGGUCGUGCGGCCCGUUACCAUGCUUAUUGCGCAGCUGAAGCCGCUCGACGCGCUCGAGUGAAAUGAUUAGAAGACGCUCGGCCCGAGUCUUGAAGACGUGCAGGGCCGGCCAAAGAGGAGACCAUCACGGCUGAGGCACCCCCCUUCCCGACGUGGGGUCCGUUUUCUCGAGCAUCUCCACCUAGAGGCCGAGGGCCUAGAGGAGACCACCACGGUUGAGAGCAGUGGGACGAGCAUCUCCACCCCAGAGACCGAUGGCCUAGGAAGAACACCUAGAGGCCGAGGUCUAGAGGCGAAUGCCAUGACAGAGAACCGUGAGACGACCACCCGUCAUUCAGAGGCCGAGGGCCUAGAAGAGAUCGUCACGGCCGAGGGCCGUCUGACGCCAUCAUUACAUCAUGACCGGCCUCUCGGCACGGCAUGAUUAUCUUAUUUGAAGACCGGCCUCGUCCCCCGCACUGCGCGGACGAGGACCGUUGCUUGAUUUCAGAUCGGCCUCUCAUUGCCGACAUCAUUACAUCAUGACCGGCCUCUCGGCACGGCAUGAUUAUUUUAUUUGAAGACCGGGCUCAUCCCCGCGAUGCGCGGAUGACGGCCGUUGCUUGUUUUCUCAGAUCGGCCUCUCAUUGCCGACACCGUUAUAUCACGACCGGCCUCCCGGCUCGGCGUGCUUUCCAUAUUUGAAGACCGGUUUCAUCCCCGCUCCUCGCGGAUGACGGCCGUUGCUUGUUUUCUCAGACUGGUCUCUCAUUACCGAUGUUAUUAUAUCACGAUCGGCCUCUCACUGCCGACGCUAUCAUGUUAUGUUCGGCCUCUCGGCACGACAUAUUUAUCUUUUGAAGACCGGUUUCAUCCCCGCGCUGCGUUGGAUGAGAGCCGUUGCUCGGAUAUAUCGGCCUGACCGGACACUAUUGUCAUCUCCAUUAUCAGGACCGACUGCUCAGCGACAUUAUGAUCAUUGUAUAUCGGCUCCCAAUGCCGACCUUCUUGAGUUAGCGAUCGGGCUCACCCCUCCCUUCACGAGGGUGACCAUCGCCUUCGCAUGACAUUAUGUGUGACAUCACUUGUGGUUAUUCUUGGAACCGACGAACGUAUUUUCCUCCCUCAAAAAAAAAAAAAGAAAAAAAAAGAUGGGGAGAAGGGGAGACGAGAUCCUAUGAGAGAGGGAGUCUUGACGAGGUAUGCCUGAUCUUCCUUCGCCGCGUAUGACGAACGUCUCCCGACGCGGAGGCUAGUAGGAACGUGGGGGGGGCUAGACGUACCAAAGGGAACCUCGGCAAGAUAAACCAGUUCCUCCCAUGACCCGUGGUUCGAUGAACACCUUCUGCCAAAGCAGAAGGCUAGUAGGGCCACGAGCAUGGGACGACGAAGCAGGGAAUCCCGACGUGGAUAAACAUGUUCCUCCUUGCGAUCGUUGGAUGACCGAACGUCUUCUUCGAAGUAAGAAGAUUAGUAGGACCACGACAGGGACGAACGAAGAAUAGGGAAUCCCGACGUGGAUAAACCUGUUCCUCCUUGCAAUCGUUGGAUGACCGAACGUCUUCUUCGAAGUAAGAAGAUUAGUAGGACCACGACAGGGACGAACGAAGAAUUGGGAAUCCCGACGUGGAUAAACCUGUUUCUUCUCAUAGUUGGGAUGACGAACGUCUCCUGCGAAACCAGGAGACCAGUACUCACGAGACUUGGGAAGAACAAAGAUCGAGUUCUUUACCGGAGUCUGAUUGCGUGCCGAGUGUACACCGCUUAGCGGUCCGUACAUAGGACCACGGAUACGGUAGACGAACGAAGACCAACCCCAUGGGUCAGACAGGAGGGACCAGUUCCUUAUCGGAGUCUGUUGUGUGCCGAGUGUACACCGCUUAGCGGUCCGUACAUAGGACCACGGAUACGGUAGACGAACGAAGACCAGCUCCCCAGCUCAGACAGGAGGGACAUUGCCCAGAUUUAUUUCAGGCUCACCAUUCCUUCCCGGAUGGAGUCCUGGCAGACGAACGGCUUCUCACAGCCAAUCAUCAUAGAGACUUGACACAUCACCAGCACGGCCGAGGGCCGUGAGACGAUUAUCACUCACCGACAGGCCAAGGGCCAUGAGAUGAUCAUCACUAUUCUUAUGCAGUACGAUCGGCCCCUCAGCGCCAUCGUACCCAGCUCGGAGUUCAGCUCGUCCAUCCCUUCCAGGGUGGCGACGAACGUCUGAUGCAUCACGAUCGGCCCCUUAGCGCCAUCGUGUCCAGAUUCGCGGUUCGGCUCGCCCACUCCCUCCAGGAUGGCGACGACCGUCUUAUGCAGUACGAUCGGCCCCUCAGCGCCAUCGUACCCAGCUCACGUUCAGCUCGUCCAUCCCUUCCAGGGUGGCGACGAACGUCUUAUGCAUCACGAUCGGCCCCUCAGCGCCAUCGUGUCCUGAUUCACGGUUCGGAUCGCCCAUUCCCUCCAGGAUGGCGACGACCGUCUUAUGCAGUACGAUCGGCCCCUCAGCGCCAUCGUACCCAGCUCACGUUCAGUGACCGGGCUGAACUUGCAAGUAUACAAGUGCCGAUAUAGUAAUAAAAUACCGGUAAAUACCGGGUCGAUCCACAGGGAAAUGGUUGUUAUUAUAAAGUCGAAUAUUGAAUGCAAGGAAUGUAAAUGAUAUAUUUUUUUUCAGGAACUUUGCUCUUUGAGAUUGGUUUAAACAAGAAUGAGAAUUACUAAGGCAAUCGGGAUUCACCUAAAUGCUUUAAUAGUUAUUUAAUAAUAGUUCUUCUCCAAUAAUUAUGAAUACGAUGUCGCUAAUAUAUUCUCAACUCCGGUUAAGGCAGCGAGAGCGUGGUUUUCGUUACGUGUAAGUCCCAUUACGGCUCACAUUCAUCUACCGAAAACCCCGUUGAAUAUCAAGACAUCACACCCGUAUCAUAUAAGACCGGAUAUAUUUCUAUUCUCGGUGCUAUAUAUGUUUAUCCUUUAGUGUUCAUAGUUUAGACUUCAACGUUAAUUGCAAGCAUAAACUAAAUUUAACAUACUUCUAUGUUGUACACCAUAGUCAUAAACAAUCAAAAUAUAAAGGAUAAAUCACAAUUUAUUGGUUUAGAACUUUUAUCAAACAUCUAGUGUGCAUAGAGGUUCAUCCCUAGCCUUAGCUAAGAAAUUAGCCUCUAAUGCUCAUAUUAAUCACAAUACAAUAUUGAAAUGUAAUGGAACAUGAAAUUACAAAGGAAAUAAUACCUAAACACCAAUGAUUUCGGAGGUUGAAGUUUCCUCCUCAAGAACUUGAAGAAAAUACCAAGAACAAAAAUAUAAAAGCUAUGAUUUAAUCUAUGGAAUGGGAUGUCAUUGCUUGAUGAAUUAAGGGCUUUAUAUAGGCUAAAGAAUGGCAUCUUUUAGUCUAUUCAAGCCUAACAAUCGGGUAUGGAAGCAAUAUUUGAUCAGAUAUGGAGGAAGAUGGGUUUUUCCCAUCAGAAAUCUUCUGCACGUCGGACUGUUUUAGCAAAAAAUCGGAACAACCGGCGCCGGUUAUAGCAUGUCCGGCGCCGGUUGGUUGCAAAAAUGCCCCGGUUGUGCUGCGCCGGUUGGAAACAGGCCCGAUUUGGGCAAAAAAAUCCUGACGACCGGCGCCGGUCCUAGCGCCCAAACUUGUACUUUGCUUCUUUUCUUCGUUUGAUGCCCGAAAAUUGAUCCCGAAGUGCCGGUUUUCGAUCCCUUUUGAUUUUUAACCCUAUUUUCAUUGCUCCAUGUCGUAUUUCAUGUUUCCGCUAACUCGAGAAUAUUUAUCUGUUUCUGCUUCACAUUUUUGUACAGAUAAAUGUAAUUACUUUUGUAAAACAUAAGUAAUUAUUGUGCUUAUCAAAUUCCCCCACACUUGAGCGUUGCUAGUCCUCGAGCAAUGUUGUCGCCUUUUGAUGCCUUGGUUAGUUCAACAAAAAUAUAUGCACAAAAUAAAUUUUUAAAAGAGAGGUAAAAAAAAUGUUUGUAAACUCCUUUUUUCGUUCUCGGUCCAAAACCCAUUUUUCUAUUAAACACAAAAAAUAUCAUUAGAUUUAGAAAAAUUACUUAUACUCUUGAGAGGAGAUGAAUGGAUUGUGACUAGGAUUUUUUUGGGGGUGUAGGAUGGCUCUUUGGUGUAUUUGACUUUUCAGUAUAGAAGUGGAUCAGUUGAAACUCUUGAAAGAGAUCAUGAGUUUUUUUUUUUUUUUUUUUUAACUCAUUUGAAUUGGUUCUCAACAAGCAUCUACUGAAAGUUAUUUUGAUCAUCCCAAUUUAUUUGAUGAGAUAUGAGGGUGGCUUGUUUUCCACAAUGGUUCUUGAAUAUUUGAGAUGUACUUAAACCAUUGUUGGAAAUGAAAGAAGAUGGUGUUCCUAAUCACAAGAGUUCUUUUGGAAGUGGUUUUCAAGAGUAAAAGGUAGUGUAAAAAAAUCCAAAAAAAAUGAUAUUUUUAUGUGAAUAAUAAAAAAAAACUUUCUCAACCAAAUACCCAUUAAAAGGAGAAAUAACAUCAUUUUUUUUCUUCCCUAAAAAAAAAAUAUUUUGCACACAAAAUUUUGUUUAGCUACCCUUGAGAUGCACCCCCCACACUUAAGAUACAUUGUCCCAAUGUAUAAAUCAUAGGAGCAUAAAACUUCAAUCACCAUCCACAAAGCAUGUGUUUAGAGAAGAGUAUGUCAUAUGAAAUAACAAGAAUGAGAGUUUAAUUUUGUGGAUCGGGAGGGGGGUGUCCAAAUUGACCAUAGUAGUGUUGGGUGAAUUGCCCAAACCUUCGGUCAAUGCGGUCCAAAUGCUCUUCCAUCCUGGUUUGACGGGUACGGAGGUCCUCUUGGUUAGCCUCGUACAAGUUCAUCCUCGUAUGCAUACGGUCCAUGGAGUCAACAAUAUAAUCAAUGCCCUGUGCCAUGGUUCGCCGUGGUCGGGCUGCGGGUUGUGCGGCAGCUUCUCCCAUCUCUUCGUCGCCGUUCUCUUCCUUGCGAACCCAUGCAUCCCCCACCUUUUUGAACUGGAGGGACACCAUAGUGCUUGGCCUCAAAAUUUGGGCUGCGGCGGUGUACUCCACUUCUUCAUUACUAAGAUCGACGCCAAAACUCCUGAAAAUCAUCGUGAGUAAAAGAGGAUAAAUAAAGUUUUUAUCACCUCUUUUAGUUUUGACGACGCCCCUCAUUUCAGUCAUGAUGAGAGGGGCCAAAGGAAUGCCCUCGAUUUCUCCAAGUCCGUUCAUCAUUUUGUGCAUGAGGUAGAGGUCCAACCGCCGAAGCACAUGCGUGUCACUAGCUCGUGGCAAGAUGUUGAAACUCAAAAGGUAUGCAAUUAGUCUCUCUCGGGGUUCAAGAACACGGGCCUUAAGCUCCUCAUCGAAACCAUAGUCGUUCAUGACAUCAAUCUCGUUGUAGGCGGGGUCGGUGAGCACCACUACAAAGUUCAUUUCAACCGGACGACCAACGUUGGGGAUACGAAGCAAGUUGCACAAUCUUUGUUUGCUAAUGGUGAUUUUUGUGCCUUUAACCGUGCUCACAAUAUCCCCAUACAGGUCCAUUUUCCUCUCAAUAUUGGCAUAGAACUCCCGUACAAGCGUCGGGUAGAAUGCCCCAGUCAGAGUGAGCAUGACGGCCCAUCCCAAUUUGUUAAAAGCGUCGGAGAGUUGGUAGAGAGCUUCGAUCUCCGGGUGCACGGUCUUUUCAAUCACAAUUUUCCACUUCUUCCUUUGAUCAUACCAAGCCUCAUUCUCCGGGGAGGUGAAACGUGGUACGGAUGAAGAGGAAGAAGUAGCAUCAUUUCGUCGUUUAGGAGCCAUGGAACCUGCACAAUUAGUUCAACACAUGCAUGCAGCACAAUAUUCUUCAUCAAUCCAAGGUAAGGUUUCAAAAAGUUCUUUAAUUUCUUCAAAUUUCAUGUUCAUUCAAGGAUUCUUGCAACAAUCAUGUUAAGAGGAUUCUAUAUCAACAACAAGUCGUAUCAAUAUAUCUCUAAACAUCAAUUAUAAAAGGAAUUCACCCAAGAACAAGAAUUUCAACAUUAGGGUUCUUGGGAAAAUUUUUCAAGAAUUUUCCCCAAAUUUGAACUUUAAUCUCACAAACUUGAACAAGAAUCAUGUUUAUAUAUACCAAAUGAGUUCAAGGAACAAUCAUUCAACACUUAUAACAUAUAUUUUGUCAAAAUUUGUAAGAGAGAAAAGAUUUGAAGAAAUUUGGGUUUAGAGCCAAAAUACCUUGAAUUGAUGCUCAAAGAGUGAUGAAGAAGCCUCUAGAGGUGAUGUUUGAUGUAAAACCGAAAGUUUUGGGGACAAUUUGAGCUUGGGGCGGCGGAUUUGGGUGGUUUGGGGUGGUGGCCGGACGUUUAGGUCUUAAGGUUUGGGGGUGGUGUUCGAAAAAGUGGGCUCUUUUAACGGGUUGGGGCUGUUUUAAUCGCAGAGACCGGCGCCGGUUAUCAGGCGUCCGGCGCCGGAUGUUCCAAUUAGAUGCGCCCCGGACUUUCUGUUUCGGACCGGGGCCGGUUGCUUCUGACCGGCGCCGGUCUUUCCUUAAAAUUUUUAUAUAUAUAUAUAUAUUUUUUUAAUAUCAAACAUGAAUAAAUAUGAAUGUUGUUUAUGUGAGUAAACAUAUUUACUUAUAAGUGAUUUUUGAUCAAAUAUAAAUAAAAAAAUGAAUAUAACUCAAACAUAUUUAUUCAUAAUUGAAUUUUUUUUUUGUGUUGGGUUGCCUCCCAAUUAGCGCUCAGUUUAACGUCGUAGGCCGGACGCAACGUACCUCUAUUCUUCCAAUUGGCAUGCGGCGGUUGCCGAAGUGAUAUGGUACUCCAUGUAUGGCUUGAGCCGGUGACCAUUUACAAGGAAUGGUGUUUGGUCACCGUUUUGAAUCAUCAUUGAUCCGUAUGGGCGGACCUCGGUGAUUGUAUAUGGUCCUGACCAUCGGGAUUUGAGCUUUCCAGGGAAUAAUCGGAGCCGUGAGUUGAAGAGUAAUACCUUUUGUCCGACAUAGAACUCCCUCCGGUUAAUGUUCUUGUCAUGCCAAACUUUGGCCUUUUCUUUGUAGAUACGGGAGUUCUCAUAUGCAUCCCGUCGGAGCUCUUCUAGUUCAUUGAUUUGGAGCAUUCUCUUUUCUUUCCCAAGGGUGGUAUCAAGGUUCAGUUGAGAGAUAGCCCAAUGAGAUUUAUGCUCAAGUUCCACAGGGAGAUGGCAUGGUUUGCCAUAAACAAGCCGGAAAGGGGACAUACCGAGUGGGGUUUUAAAGGCCGUCCGGUAUGCCCAUAAGGCAUCAUCUAACUUUAGAGACCAAUCUUUCCUUGAAGAGUUGACCGUCUUCUCAAGAAUGGAUUUUAUUUCACGGUUGGAUACCUCCACUUGACCAUUAGUUUGAGGAUGGUAAGUGGCACCGGUUUUGAACAUGCACCCGUAUUUUUUUAGGAGCCCGGCAAAAUGGGUAUUCUUGAAAUGAGCACCAUUAUCACUAAUGAUACUUCUAGGAACCCCAAACCUUGAAAAAAUGUUCCUUUUUACAAAUUCUACUACCGAUUUGGCCGUGUUGUCCGGUAGAGCAAUGGCCUCCACCCACUUAGACACAUAAUCAACCGCAACAAGGAUGUAUUCCUUUCCAUGAGAUUUAGGGAAAGGGCCCAUGAAGUCUAUUCCCCAUACAUCAAAUAUUUCAACCACAAGAAUCAUGUUUUGUGGCAUUUCAUUCCUUCGGCUCAAAUUUCCGGUGCGUUGGCAACGGUCACAAGCUAGGACAAAGCUCCUUGCAUCUUUAAAGAGUGUUGGCCAAAAGAAUCCACAUUGGAGGAUUUUAGCCGCGGUUCGGUCCGGUCCAUGAUGUCCUCCACAAGGAAGAUUAUGGCAAUGAUCAAGGAUAGAUAACAUCUCCUCAUUCGGAACACACCGUCGUAUAAUUCCAUCGGCACAAUGCUUGAAAAGAUAUGGCUCAUCCCAAUAGUAAUGUUUGACAUCAUGUAAAAAUUUCUUUCUUUGAUGGAAAGUGAGCUCUUGGGGAAGAAUUUCUUUGGCAAGAUAGUUCACAAAAUCUGUGAACCAAGGUAAGGGAACUCCCUUUACUUCCAUGAGCUGCUCAUAAGGAAAAUCGUCAUGAAUUACCUCUAUUUUCGUGGUGGUAUUUGGCUCAAGACGAGAGAGGUGAUCCGCUACGAGAUUUUCACUUCCUUUCUUGUCCCGAAUCUCAAGGUCAAACUCUUGGAGUAAAAGCACCCACCGGAUUAGUCGUGGCUUAGCAUCCUUUUUAUUCAUGAGGUACCGGAUGGCGGAGUGAUCGGUGUAGACAAUCACCUUUUGGCCAAUGAGGUAAGACCGGAAUUUGUCAAAAGCAUAGAUGACGGCUAGGAACUCUUUCUCCGUAGUUGCAUAAUUGAGUUCCGCAUCAUGGAGUAACCUCGAUGCAUAGUAUAUGGCAUGAAGUUUCUUUUCUCUUCUUUGACCAAGCACAACCCCAAUGGCGUGGUCGCUAGCGUCGCACAUCAAUUCGAACGGUAGAGACCAAUCCGGUGAAAUGAUUAUUGGAGCCGAAGUAAGAGCUUUCUUGAGAGUGUUGAAGGCUAGUAAGCAAGAUGGAGAGAAAUCAAAAGUGGCAUCCUUGGCAAGUAAAUCACAAAGUGGUUUUGCGAUUUUUGAAAAAUCUUUGAUGAAUCGCCGGUAAAAACCGGCAUGCCCCAAAAAACUUCUUAUGGCUUUUACCGAAUGAGGAGGUGGUAAUUUUUCAAUAACCUCCACCUUGGCUUGAUCAACUUCGAUGCCUUGAGGGGAGAUUUUGUGCCCCAAGACAAUGCCUUCGGUCACCAUAAAGUGACAUUUCUCCCAAUUAAGAGCAAGAUGGGUUUCUUCACAUCGGACGAGCACUUUUUCAAGGUUAUUUAGGCAAACAUCGAAUGAAUUUCCAAAGACUGAAAAAUCAUCCAUAAAUACCUCCAUAUAAUCUCCAACCAUGUCCGAGAAAAUAGCCAUGACGCACCUUUGAAAGGUCCCCGGUGCAUUGCAAAGACCAAAUGGCAUCCUUCGGUAAGCAAAUGUCCCAAAAGGACAAGUAAAAGUUGUCUUCUCUUGAUCCUCGGGUGAGAUGGCUAUUUGAAAAUAGCCGGAAAAACCAUCCAAGAAGCAAUAAAAUUCAUGACCCGCCACUCUUUCUAGCAUUUCGUCCAUGAACGGUAGGGGGAAAUGGUCCUUCCUUGUGCCGGCAUUCAGUUUGCGGUAGUCAAUGCACAUUCUCCAUCCGGUAACCAUUCUAGUAGGAAUUAGUUCAUUCUUACUAUUGGUUAUAACGGUGAUUCCUCCCUUCUUCGGGACUACUUGCACGGGACUCACGAAGUUGCUAUCGGAUAUGGGAUAGAUAAUACCAUAGUCAAGAAGUUUGAGAACUUCCUCCUUGACUACCUCCUUCAUAUUUGGGUUGAGCCUCCUUUGAUGUUCCACCGUUGGUUUGUGGUUUUCCUCCAUGAGGAUCCGAUGCAUGCAUAGAGUUGAGCUUAUACCCUUGAUAUCCGCCAAGGACCAAGCUAUUGAUGAUGUGUGAGCUCUCAAUACCCGGAGUAAUUUCUCUUCUUGUAAAGGAGAAAGAGUAGAGGAAAUUACCACGGGGUAUGUAGAAUUAUCGCCAAGGAAUGCAUAUUUGAGAUGUACCGGUAGAGGUUUGAGAGUGGGCUUUGGAGGAGUUUGACUUGAUGGUUUGAGAAUAGACUUCCUUUGCCCAAGGUCUUCAAAUCUUUGCCGGUAAGGUCUAUGAACGACUUCUCCUUGUAAGAACAUCAUUUGUUGGAAAAUUUCAGAAUUUUCUUCUUCUUCGGAAUGCCCAAGUGUGAGACAUGCUUCAAGAGGGUCUUUUUGAAGUUCUUUUUCAAACAUCUCCCGAGUUAUAGUAUCAAUGAUGUCAAUACUAAAACACGUGGAGCUAUCAUGAUGUUUCUUCAAUGAAUCCCACACAUGGAAUUCUUGUUCAUCUUCUCCUACUCGGAAUUUGACAACUCCGUUCUUCACAUCAAUGAGGGCGGCGACGGUGGCUAGAAAUGAUCUCCCAAGAAUGAUAGGAAUUUCCAUUUCUUCCAUUUCCAAGAUGAGAAAAUCUACCGGAAAAUAGAAUUUUCCCACCUUAACUAGAACAUCUUCCAUAACUCCCAAUGGAUAGCGGAUUGUUCUAUCCGCUAAUUGGAGAGCAAUCGUUGUAGAUUGAAGUUCCCCCACACCAAGCUUUUUAAAGAGGGAAUGUGGCAUGAGAUUUAUACUAGCUCCGAGAUCACAAAGAGAUUUUACCUCUCCAAUUUUUCCAAUAGAGCAUGGGACGGUGAAACUUCCGGGAUCCUUCAACUUUGGGGGGAGUUUAUUUUGAAGGAUUGCACUACACUCCUCCGUGAGUGCUACGGUUGCAAAGUCCGCUAGUUUCUUCUUGUUUGAGAGAAUCCCCUUUAGAAAUUUGGCAUAAGAAGGGAUUUCCGCAAUAGCCUCCGCGAAUGGUAUGUUGAUGCUUAACUUUGUAAAAAUAUCAAGAAAUUUCUUGUAUUGUUUACCAUCAUCCUUCUUCUUUAACCUUUGUGGAUAUGGGAUAGGGGGAACAUAAUUUGCCAUAGUAGGGAGUGGCGAUAUAUGUUCCUCCAACUCCUCCUCGUCUUGUGUCGUUGGUGCUCCCUCCGGAGUUUUAGGGUCCUCCGUUUGUUUGCCACUCCGCGUUGUUAUGGCCAUGACGUUUUCCCUUGGAUUAACUUCGGUUGUUGUGGGAAAUCGCCCUUGUUCUCGAGUGCUUUUUCCUUGGGCAAUUUGCCCAAUUUGGACCUCCAAGUUGUGGAUAGAUGCCUUGGUGUAUUGUUCUAUGUUGUCCAUGCGUUGGUGGAGUUUCCGGUUUUGAUCUUCAAACCGGAGGUCAAGCUUGGUGAAUUGUGAGUGGAGAUUCCCAAUGGAUGCAUCCACUCUACUAUGAUUCUCCUCAUUUUGGGCUUUUACACUAGCCACAACAUUUUGAGUGAGAGUCUUCAUCAUUUCCUCCAUUGUUUGCUCUUUUUGCCCAUGUGUAAACCCGGAUGAGGGGUAAGAAGGACCUCCUUGUGGUUUACCUUGGUUAAACCUUUGUUGAUUGUUGGAAUAGUUGUUGCCUCCUUGGUACCCCCUAUUCCCGUAAGAGUUCAUAUAAUUCACGUCUUCAAGAGUUUGAGGUGAAUUACCUUCCGGUUGUGCAAUAUUCUCCACACUUGCUACUUGACUAGCUCCUCCAAUCACGGCUUGAAGAGCCGUGUGAAUAGAGGCUUGAAGAUCUUUGUGCAUAGCUUGUUGAAAAUCAGCAAACCGCUUGUCCAAUUCAUGAGCUAUGGACACCUCACUCACACCGGCUAAUUUGACAUCUCCUCCUUGUAGUUGAGGAUUGGAAGCAAUGGAUUCAAGGAUUCUCAAAGCCUCCGUUUCAGUUUUGUUGCCAAUAUAGCCCUCCGCACGGUUAUCUACAAUGGCUUGACAUGAAGAGUUCAAACCAUUGUAGAACGUAUCAAUUUGAAGAUCAAGAGGAAUGCGGUGAUGUGGGCAUUCCUUCAACAAGGCUUUGAAACGCCUCCAUGCGUCUUGGAAUAGUUCUCCAACUUGUUGUUUGAAGUUGAAGAUUCGUUGCCUUAGCUCUUGAGUCAUCGUGGGUGUAUAAUACUUGGAAAUGAAAGCAUUAUAGAUACCUUCCCACGUUGUGAAAGUUGCCGGUGUUUGCUCCAAGAACCAUCCCCUUGCUCCCCCUUUCAGGGUAUAGGGAAAGCUUUUGAGUUUAAGAUCAUCCUCGGUGAGACCAUGCCUAGGGAUUCCUUGGAUGAAUCCAUAGAACUCGGUGAUGAAGUUUAGUGGAUUCUCCCCCGGAAGGCCAUGAAAUUGAGGCAUAGCAUUGAAGUAGCUAUUUUUCAUUUCAUAGUCCCGAGCCGCCUCGCUUAGGACAAUGCAUGAGGGAGUGGCGGCAACCACGGGCCUCUUCCUUUCAUUGAGUGUUGGCAUCAUCUUUGCCUUUCUUUCCUUCCGGUUGUGUUUGAGAGUUCUUUCUAUUUCAAGAUCAAGAGGUUCAAGAUGUUUAGAACCUUGACUUCUCAAAUGCAUUCAAACACAAAGGAUAGUCUACACACAUGAAAUGAAAAGUACCCAAGAACAAGUGAAAAGCAAUGGGAAAUAAAAAUUUCAGGAUUUUGUUUGGUUGUUUUAACUCUAUAAUAACAAGCCGUAUUUCCCCGGCAACGGCGCCAAAAACUUGACCGGGCUGAACUUGCAAGUAUACAAGUGCCGAUAUAGUAAUAAAAUACCGGUAAAUACCGGGUCGAUCCACAGGGAAAUGGUUGUUAUUAUAAAGUCGAAUAUUGAAUGCAAGGAAUGUAAAUGAUAUAUUUUUUUUCAGGAACUUUGCUCUUUGAGAUUGGUUUAAACAAGAAUGAGAAUUACUAAGGCAAUCGGGAUUCACCUAAAUGCUUUAAUAGUUAUUUAAUAAUAGUUCUUCUCCAAUAAUUAUGAAUACGAUGUCGCUAAUAUAUUCUCAACUCCGGUUAAGGCAGCGAGAGCGUGGUUUUCGUUACGUGUAAGUCCCAUUACGGCUCACAUUCAUCUACCGAAAACCCCGUUGAAUAUCAAGACAUCACACCCGUAUCAUAUAAGACCGGAUAUAUUUCUAUUCUCGGUGCUAUAUAUGUUUAUCCUUUAGUGUUCAUAGUUUAGACUUCAACGUUAAUUGCAAGCAUAAACUAAAUUUAACAUACUUCUAUGUUGUACACCAUAGUCAUAAACAAUCAAAAUAUAAAGGAUAAAUCACAAUUUAUUGGUUUAGAACUUUUAUCAAACAUCUAGUGUGCAUAGAGGUUCAUCCCUAGCCUUAGCUAAGAAAUUAGCCUCUAAUGCUCAUAUUAAUCACAAUACAAUAUUGAAAUGUAAUGGAACAUGAAAUUACAAAGGAAAUAAUACCUAAACACCAAUGAUUUCGGAGGUUGAAGUUUCCUCCUCAAGAACUUGAAGAAAAUACCAAGAACAAAAAUAUAAAAGCUAUGAUUUAAUCUAUGGAAUGGGAUGUCAUUGCUUGAUGAAUUAAGGGCUUUAUAUAGGCUAAAGAAUGGCAUCUUUUAGUCUAUUCAAGCCUAACAAUCGGGUAUGGAAGCAAUAUUUGAUCAGAUAUGGAGGAAGAUGGUUUUUUCCCAUCAGAAAUCUUCUGCACGUCGGACUGUUUUAGCAAAAAAUCGGAACAACCGGCGCCGGUUAUAGCAUGUCCGGCGCCGGUUGGUUGCAAAAAUGCCCCGGUUGUGCUGCGCCGGUUGGAAACAGGCCCGAUUUGGGCAAAAAAUCCUGACGACCGGCGCCGGUCAUGGGGCAUCCGGCGCCGGUCCUAGCGCCCAAACUUGUACUUUGCUUCUUUUCUUCGUUUGAUGCCCGAAAAUUGAUCCCGAAGUGCCGGUUUUCGAUCCCUUUUGAUUUUUGACCCUAUUUUCAUUGCUCCAUGUCGUAUUUCAUGUUUCCGCUAACUCGAGAAUAUUUAUCUGUUUUUGCUUCACAUUUUUGUACAGAUAAAUGUAAUUACUUUUGUAAAACAUAAGUAAUUAUUGUGCUUAUCAUUCAGCUCGUCCAUCCCUCCCAGGGUGGCGACGAACGUCUUAUGCAUCACGAUCGGCCCCUCAGCGCCAUCGUGUCCUGAUUCACGGUUCAGAUCGCCCAUUCCCUCUAGGAUGGCGACGACCGUCUUAUGCAGUACGAUCGGCCCCUCAGCGCCAUCGUACCCAGCUCACGUUCAGCUCGUCCAUCCCUUCCAGGGUGGCGACGAACGUCUUAUGCAUCACGAUCGGCCCCUCAGCGCCAUCGUGUCCUGAUUCACGGUUCGGAUCGCCCAUUCCCUCCAGGAUGGCGACGACCGUCUUAUGCAGUACGAUCGACCCCUCAGCGCCAUCGUACCCAGCUCACGUUCAGCUCGUCCAUCCCCCCAGGAUGGCGACGAUUGUCUUAUGCAUCACGAUCGGCCUCUCAGCGCCAUCGUGUCUCUUUCACGUUCGGAUCGCGCAUCUCUUCCAGGAUGGCGACGAACGUCUUAUGCAGUACGAUCGGCCCCUCAGCGCCAUCGUACCCAGCUCACGUUCAGCUCGUCCAUCCCCCCAGGAUGGCGACGACCGUCUUAUGCAUCACGAUCGGCCUCUCAGCGCCAUCGUGUCUCUUUCACGUUCGGAUCGCGCAUCUCUUCCAGGAUGGCGACGAACGUCUUAUGCAGUGCGAUCGGCCCCUCAGCGCCAUCGUACCUGGCCUCACGGUUCGGCUCGCACAUUCCCUUCAGGAUGGCGACGACCGUCUUAUGCAGCACGUCUGCUUCUCGGCGCUGACAUGCCCGGUUUAUCGAUGAGAGCCACCGCUUUCUAUCACAUCUCACAUUCCUUCUCUCAUACAUUGCACCCAUACAUUACAUGCAUUCAUGCAUUCAUGCAUCAUACCUCAUACAUUCAUACAUACACGCGUGCAUCAUGUUUUGACAGUACCGCGACGUCGGUUUAUAGAUGCAUGGACCUCUAAGCUUCUCCGAUUGGAAAGCUCGAGUCAGAGUGCUUUACUCCCGCCUGAUGCAUUCAGGCGGAGUGUGCCCGUGGAGGAGCACCCUUCGCCCGACCCUGUCGGGAAGGGGGGUGCCUCACUGGUAGAUUACGUUCAGGAGUGCAGACACUCACUCAUAUAUGAUGAUUAUGUGAAGACACAGUUUCCAGCAAGACAGAGGAAGGGCGCAGGCAGAGUAUAUUUUCUCGAGCAGAUUCGCGAGCUCACUACUCAAGAAACUGGGGGACUUGUGUUGGGAUAUAUUAUCCCGGCCUAUUACUGUUCAGGAGCCCAAGACAUUACUCACUACGGAGCCCGAGCAGCUAGGCCCAUUUCGGCCCAUCCGGCCCACUUUAGCCAUUUCGGCCCGCUUCGGCCCACGCGGCCCGUUAGGGUGGAGAGCAUCCCCUCCCCCUAUUCUCUAUAAAUAUGGGAGCUUCCCUCCAUAUUAUGGACCCUUUUUAGCUCUUCUUCCUCCUUUCUUUUAGACUUAGCUCAAAUACCCCAUGAAUGGGAGCUUGUACAAUGUAAUGGUGAGGAGAGUCCUAAUGAGAAUUGAGAGGGCUUGGACAUUAGCCUAAAAAGUCCCGUGGUUUUCUC